GGUUUUUGGAGGCAUCCGGUGGGAGUUACGAAUUCAAAGACAGAAAUCAGUUUGUUUUGAGUCCGUUGAUCUGCUCCAAAUUUUACCAUAAAGCAGCCAUGCCGGUAAAAUUCAAGGGUGAGUCAGAAUACACGGAUAACUAUCCCAAGUUUCAAUCAUACAAGAGUGCCUCCUUCGAUCCCAGCCCAGAGCAGGCAGCAGCGUCAGCAGGGCUGAACACGAUGAAGCAAGCACUGGUUACUGAGCCACCCCUACAGAGGAGGAGGAAAGUGGCUGGCCCGCCGGUGUCCUUGUCCACUGAGUUUUAUGACCCGCGUUCGUCGCAGCCGGCCAGGGAUUUUGCUCUGCUCGGUCAAAAUGAGAAGUUUGCCAGCAAUGUUCAGUACCGACCAAAGAGUGGCAACUUUAACAACAACAAUCGAGCUAUGUCGCCACCAAAACAACUUCGCAUGGAAAAGCAGCAUGAUCAAAUCAUUGACAAAGCAAGACCUGCACCGAUAGUUGACACACAGAAGUUUGUGGAGCCCCAGAUGCCUCCCACUCCGCUUGCCCCACGCGGAGACCCUGGUCAGGUGGCUGUGAAGACCAAGAUGGUGCAAGCACAACCAAAGAGUAAAUCUGUCCCUCAGAAGACCAGUGACAACACUGCAACUCAGAAGGUCAAGGACAAGUCUGUCCAGAACCUGCCUCUGAAGCAGGCUGCAGUGAAGAGCAAGACAAAGGAGAAUGAAGCACCAGUGAAGCAAGCUUUGAAGGACAAGAAUCUAAGUGAUGUUCUGGGGGAGAUGAAGAAGAAGAAGCCUAGCAUGAAUGAGUUCACUCAGGCCAACACAGAGAAGGGUGUGCUUGAUUCAGCCCCUGAGGCUCCUGCUGAAUAUGCCAUGAAGUACAAGGCAGGUGUCGCGCCAGCUCGGCCAUCACGCAAACAGUCGGAGUACCAGCGAGAGUUUGAGUGGAAGAACAGAGUGGGCUCAUCUCCAAUGUUAGCUGCAGAACAGAUUGUCUACAACAGUAAGGUGGGGCCAGUGAAGACGUCCGGCUUCCCAAAGACAUCCGAGUACAAGGCCCAGUUCAAGAAGUGGAGGGCGGUGGAGAACGAGCCGGUCCCAGCCGUGAAACGAGCAGUGCAGCAGAUGGCUGCCGUUAAACAGAAGGCUCUGAAGCGGAGCAAGAGUGUUGGUGCUGUGGAGGGCCGAGGUGCUGCCCGACGUGCUUCAUCUGUAGAUCAAGACAGGGAUGCUGGGCAGGAUGAGGCAGAGGAGGAUGUGACUAAGGCAGAGGUGCCUAAAGCCCAGCCUCACCAUGGCAAACUCAGGAGGGUGGUCACAGAGUAUGCUGCCAACUUCAAGAGCCCCCAGAAGUUCAGCUUUGACAAGGGAGCCUGGAAGGGGGCUGAUCCUCCUCACUUGUAUGCCCAGAAGCCUGAAGUCACUUGUGAAGAGCCACCACUGAAGAGCUGGUUUGCAGAGGUGUUGGAGCUGAGACGUAAGGCCAAUGAGUACAAGAAGAGAGCUCAGGGCACACACUUCUCCCGGGAACACUUGGUGCAGCUCAUGGCAAAACAGGCCGGCUUCUGGGACAUCCCGACAGCACGUAGCAGCAGCAGUAGCACCUUGUCGGCGCUAUCACUGGAGGCCGGCAACCUUGUACACAAAACAAAGAAACAAAUAAGAUCAAAGAAAGAGUCCGAGAAGAAUCUUGUAGACUUUGAGUCCUGCAAAGCCACCAUUGCCGACUCUGAGACGCCAUCAGAGCUGGAGGAUGGUAUAUUUGAGGAAAGGCAGGCAGCUGGGAAGAAGAACCGGAAGAUGGCUUGGAGUGAUGAGAACAUGGAACAAAAUCAAGUGGAAGAGGAUGCAGUAGAGAGUGUCAUCUCCCCGUCGGCAUCUUAUGACACUCCCCAAGGCAGGAUUCCCACCCCACAGUGGAGACAUCCUGGUAAGACUUCAAAGAAGACCAGGCACCAUCUUGACCGCACCACUCCAGCUGUCGGGGGUGCCAUCCUCACCUCUCCCCCUCAUCCAGUCACCCAGUCAAGGUCAUCAAGAUCAGGCAGCAGUCAGGACACCUUGGAGGAUGAAUCUGAGAGAAAACAGUUUGGAAAGACAUAUAAUCUGAACCGACUGCUGACAACCCCCACGUUCGGCCAGCCAUCACACGACACACACAUGUUGAGAGAUGAUGACGCCUCCGUGGACCAGCCGCUGAAGACCACCUAUGUGUAUACCCCAGCAGAGGAUCUGUCUGACCCGGAACAGCAGGUUGUGGAAGAGCCAGUAGAUGUAGCUCCUGUACGUCGACAGUCUCGGAGGAAGGAGAGGAUGCGGCCGGCCGGUGUCCCCUCCACAUUACAUGAGCAGAUGGCUCAGACCUACACCAAGCCAGUCCUCAACUUGCCUCCAGACUCCGAACCCGCAGAAGACAAUGAUGACAAUGUGUCUCUCUCACUGUCUGUCCGCUCAAUCGCGUCCAGCUGCUCAUUGGUGUCGGACAUCUACGAGCGAUCCAAGAAUCGAAGGGACAACUUCUGGAGGAAGGGAGAUAUUGCUACCAGAUGAAUACCUGUGUAGUUAGAUGUUGACUGACUGCUGUGCUUGAUGUGUUUCUACCAUCAACAGUUCCUCUGUAUCUGGAUCUGAUGGUGGGUUAUGUGCUGUGAUCAUGGUAUAUCAGUUCUAGUGGCAGUUCCAGUGAACGAUGCUGUACUCUAUUACUCUACAGUUGUUACUAGAUCUUGUUUACUGAAACAAAUUUUAUGGUUUGUUGUUUUGUUUUCGACUCUACAAAUCAUGCUGAAUCUGUUUUCAAGUUACAGAGCAAGCAUGAUGCUAUGUUCUACCACAGUGACAUCAUCGACUUUUAGUCAAGAAACAUCUUGAUGCAAACCUAAUGUUCUUUCUGAGAGACAUGACCUGGCCUGACCUUACCUGGCAUUACAGGUACCCUCCUGUGGGUAACCAUUCUACAAGAUCAUUUCAGGAUGAAAUGCCAUAUGCUUAGGGUUAUUUUAGCAUAUUCUACAUGUUACAAUGAUAUACUGUUAUCUUGCUUUGUUUAUUGAAAUCAAAUUUUUCAGUUAGUUUUUGUUUAAGUUGUUGCAAAGAACUACGUUAUUUUAAUUCUCAUUUUACUGCAGCCGUUUUAUUGUAGGAUUAUAUGAUGCAAAUGCAAAAUCAAAAUGAAUUCAACUCUUUUAUGGUUUAGAUUAUAUGUAUAGUUUAUUUUAUUUUGUGCAUACUAGAGUAGAUGCAUUUCUUACUAUGACCAAAGUACUUUGGGAUACUUUUAAAUAGUAAAUCAUUACUUAUGGCGUCUUUUUUCUCCGAAAGUUGUCACUGUUGGCAGUGUCUUUAAAAAAGACACCUUUUAUAUUGUGAUGUUCAACAUAAUGUUUGGCAUUGUCCAUAUUGAAAUGAAUGUUGAACUACUUUGAGCUAGAAAUAUGCCAAGAAUUGGAAAGAGCAAGCAAAUAUUCAUUGGAGAUGGUGUAGUGGGAGGUGUCAUUCUAGCAGUUAUCAAUGAAGGAACUGUAGGUUUCUCUCCAGGGGGAUCUAUCUUGAAUCACUGCUAUAUUCUUUUACAUUUCAUGAAAGUACACAUAGAGAUCAGGAAAUGGCAUAUUUAAUUUUUGUCAUUUUUAUUGAAAGUGCUUGUGAUGUAGUACUGAUAGUUUCACUCAUUUCAAAACCCAGGAAUUAACAUUCAAGGAACAAAAUCGAGAUAGGUUCAAAAUCCUCUAGUUUGUGUUAUCUGCCCAAGUGGUGGCGUAGAUACCUAGUUGGUCUAUUUAUUGUAAUCAUGACUCAUCUCGCAAAGCUCACUGUGAUACUGACAACAUGUUUGUUACUAGCCUGCUGUUUCAGUCAGUGCUUGCACUAAAAUGACAUACUGAACAUUUUUGUGUAAGCUAUGUUAAUAUGCAAUGUAUUCGAUAUCUGAGUGAAAUAUUCUCUUUACAUUAGCUGUAACUAAUACAUUCAAGUAGCGAGUGAACUCAAUAAAACAUGUAUCAUUA